UUAAAAUCUAAAUUUUCCUCUAUGUGUACCUCCUCUUCCAUGUGCUAUGUAAUUUGAAUAUAUUUAGAUAGUUUCCUCUUGGAUGCUGAGCGAAAAAACAGCAAAAUGUGGGGUUUUCAGUUUAAUUUUGUAAUGUACUCAGUUAUUCUGUUUAGCCUAUUUGUAAUAGACUAUGCGCUAGGAAAUGGUUUAGUGGAUACCAUGCAAAAGUGGUUUUGUAAUAUUGUAUGCUUCGUAAGGAGUGCUCUGAAGGAAGAAGAUAAGCAUUUUGCUCAGGUGCCGGGGGCCGAAGACAAAAUUAAUUUAUUGGUGGUUAUAGGGGAAGUAAUUGUGCUGUCCGUAACUAUGAUUCUCUUGAAAAAAUAUAAACGGCGGCGUGGAAUAGACCGCAUUGAUCAACUCUUGCAAGAAAGCAAAGAGGCAAUACGCCAAACCAAUGAAUUUUUGGAAAAAUGGCGUUUGAGACGGCUAAACUGGUAUUUGCCACCAGAUUAUACCUAUUUAGAUGAAGAGCCGCAAGAGAUCAAACCCCUAAAAUUGGAGGUGCCGGUUCUUCAUAUGGCUAUUAUUGAUGUACGUCAGUCAGUAGAUGCACAUAGCAAGACACGAGGUACAGCCAGAAGUCAACCGGAGAGUGGUGACGCCGGAGAUUCAAUCAAUUUCACAGAUUCUGCGCUUCUUUCUGUUUCGUCUAUAAUGGACGAUGAUUCUGAAUAUAUGGCUGAACAAGGCGUUGAAGAAAAAAUCAGUGAAGAAACGCAACCAAAAAAUUUAGAAUUCCAGAAUCGAUAUUUAUGGGACGUCAUGGAAGAGGACUCUAAUUUGGAAGACUAAUAAAAGUGAUCUUUUGUGCAAAAUUCAUGUAAAAUGUGAAAUUAAUUGUUCAUAUAGUAAUC